GUCUAGAGUCACUCAAUACCACUAACGCCAUGGCAGCUAAGUUUUUCAUCCUCGCAGCUCUCGUAGCUGUUGCUCACGGAGGAGUCGUCGCCCCAGGACCAGUCGCAUACGGCGCCGCCCCUUUCGGCUAUGCCGCCCCCGUUGCUAAAGUCGCCGCUCCCCUCGCCUACGCCGCCCCCGUCGCUAAAGUCGCUGCUCCUCUCGCUUACGCCGCCCCCGUCGCUAAAGUAGCCGCCCCCGUCGCCUACGCCGCCCACGUCGACGACUACGACCCCAACCCCCAGUACAGCUACGCCUACGACGUCCAGGACGCCCUCACCGGUGACUCCAAGACCCAGCACGAAAGCAGGUCCGGAGACGUCGUCCAAGGCAGCUACAGUCUCACCGACUCCGACGGAACCAGGAGGACCGUCGAAUACACCGCCGACCCCGUCAACGGAUUCAACGCCGUCGUCCACAAAGAGCCACUCGUCGCCAAGGUUGCCGCCCCCGUUGUCGCUAAAGUAGCCGCCCCUGUCGCCUACGCCGCCCCCGUCGCUAAAGUCGCCGCUCCUUUCGGAUACGGCGCACCCGUCGCUAAAUUCGCCGCUCCCCUCGCCUACGCCGCCCCCGUCGCCAAGGCCUACUACCAUUAAGACUGUAAAUCCUACCUGAACAUAUUUAUAUAUGUCUAUUUAUUUCAUUUUCCUUCAAAAAUAAA